GCGCGUCCAAUCCAUACAUAGAGCCGCUGAGACCUUGCCCGCGUUGCAAGGACUUAUCGCAGCCCCUACACGAAAUCCUCCCGCCAUUUCCUAACGAACGCGAGCGCGGGAAAGUUCAUCUUAACCACAGUAUAUAAACAAAAUUUUAAGUAAUAAAUCGCGAUAUUACGAAAGAGGUUUUAAUGUUCACACUGAAAACAAAACACUGUAGAUAACACAGAAACCUGAUAAUUGUGAGCGUGGACUUUUUUCUGUAUAUCAGAUUGCUGUAUGCAAGAAACAUGAUUUACUUAUAAAACCAUAUUUUUAACUGUCACUAUUGAUUGCAAGCGAUAAUUUCAAAAUCACGAUGAAAAUAUAUUUAUUAAAAUGUUACAUAGUUCUACUAACACAAUUCGUAAUUAUAAAAGGAGUUCAACCUAACAACAGUUCCUCAGAUGAAAGUCGGCAUCCACGUGGUCGUGUGGUGAAAUUGUAUUCUGGACCGAAGCAAGAGCCAAUCACAUGUUAUAAUGAGGGGUUCCUAGUGGAACCAAAAGACUGUUCGAUUUUUUACCGAUGUAUUAAAGCUUCAAGAGGAAAAUAUACAGUAGUUAAGUUUCAAUGUAGUCCGGGAACUGUCUUUGAUCCAGAGAUUGAAACUUGCAACCAUCCUCAGAAUACUAAACGAUCAGAAUGUAGGUCCAGUAGACCCUUUCAAUUUAUACCAGCUCCAGUAGAACAUUUUAAUGAUAAUAAGAUAGAAACUGCUGUUCAAGAAUUUCCAUCACCUAUUACCACUCGAAAACCUAUAUAUGAUAAACAAACCAUUAACUCAGAAUCGCCGAGUACAUCUACAGGUUUUCCUUCUCCAAUGCCAAUUGCCAUACAAAGUUCUGGGUACGGCGCGUACUUACCACCUAAUCAGAUUCAAAGUACAAUUAAAGUUCAAACAAACGAAAACACCCAGACACCGUUGCCUUCAAUUAUUUCAACAUUGCAGCCUCAAUGGACGCUAACUUCUAACCAAUACGUAUCUACGACAACAAUUACAGCAGCAAGAUUGGGUAAUGAAUGUAUCCAUGAUGGAUUUAUGGGCGAUACCGAAGAUUGCCGUAAAUUUUAUAGAUGUGUUAAUGAUCAAAGAGGAGGAUUUAAACAAUUCGAAUUCAUGUGCAGUGAAUCAACAAUAUGGGACGAUAAUAUACAAAGCUGUAAUCAUCCGUGGGCUGUUAGCCAUCGACGUUGCGGUCGUGAUAAAUCGUAUAGCGACUACAGUUCUAAGGAUGGUGAACAUUAUUCUCAAAAAAACGACAGCCUUCACGAAGAACAACUAUCUACUUUUGAGUCAAAUAAGACAGAAAUACCCGUUACGGUUAAUUUACCACUUAGUAUUUCACAUCAAACCAAUUAUGGAGAACAAAUAAGCGUUGACGAAAGCACAGCCUGGAAUGACAAAAAUAAUGUGACAAAUAACAUACCAAGCAGCCAAAACAACCAAGAAAAACAAACUUAUUAUCCUAUCAGGGAGAAAGAAAUAGGUUACAUUACACAGUCUUACGAAACAAUUACAAAGACAAGUUCGUAUAAACCAGAUGUGGUAAGACAUGACACCUCUUACAACACAAAUUAUAAAGUAAUUAAUAAUGCAUGCACCGAAUCUGGCUUCAUGGGUGACCCGCAAGAUUGUAGAAAGUUUUACAGGUGUGUCGAAAAUGGAAGAGGUAGUUUUAUCAAGCAUGAGUUUCAGUGCGGUGAAGGCACAGCAUGGGAUAAAAAAAUUGAGUCAUGUAAUCACGUGUGGAUGGUUAAAGAAUGUGGAGAGAGAGGUAUAUCUAACAAUUUUACUUCCGAUCGCUACGAACCCGAAAACAGGCAUACGACAUUAUCGAAUACAAUGAAAGAUGAAGUCACAAGCGACAAUAAUGCUUACAAUAAUUGGAAUGAUGUCGAGAAACAUGAUACCUCAAGACCAACUACUGUGUUACCAGUAGUUACUCAAACAUUUGAAGAGCCAUCUAAAUUAAAUGAAAGCCAAGAAAUGUGUAAUUCCGUUGGAUUCGUGGGUAACCGAAACAAUUGUAAGAUAUUUUACAGAUGCGUAGAAAAUAGCAAUGGCGGAUUUACCAAAUUUGCGUAUUUGUGUGGUGAUGGAACUGCGUGGGAUCCAAAUAUCGAAGCAUGUAACCAUGUUGGGCAAGUAAAACACUGUGGGCCCAAUGUCGAAAAUCAAACAAUAGCAAGUAUUUCUAGCACCGAAUCAACAAUUAUUACCACUGUAUCAUUUGUGCAAACAACUGUGCAGUUAAGUGAUAAUAAACCACUGCCUUUGCCUCCGCCUGAGAAUGAUGAGCAUUUGAAUGAUAACCAAUCAAAUGAUAUUUACAAAGACCCGAUAAGAACUACAGAAAUUUCUACGGUCCUAAAUAAACCAAAUACAACAGACACUGGUUCCAAUAAAAUCAACUCGUGUAUUAACAGCGGAUUUAUUGGAGAUAACCUUGAUUGCAAAAAGUUUUAUAGAUGUGUAUCAAACGGUGAUGGGAGUUUUAAACAGUAUGAAUUCUCUUGUGGUGAAGGUACAGUAUGGGAUGCUGAAAUAGAAGCAUGCAAUCACGCAUGGGCUGUGAAAAAGUGUGGAGGUAGUUCUAGCAAUCAAAAUGAAGUGUCUACGACGCUCUCCACGACUACAAAAAAUAUUUCCAAUGAGUUUGAGAGUGGUUACCCUACACAGGGUUACGGUCAAACCCAACAACCCGUACAAAAUACUGUUGGUUUAUCUACCAAUAGCGUACCUGUUAGUGACAAAGGUGUACAGUGUCAAUCUGCUGGAUUUAUGGCAGAUAAAAAUGACUGUAAAAGAUUCUAUAGAUGCGUCGAAAACGGAUUAGGCGGCUUUGAUCGCUUUGAAUUUUAUUGUGGGGAAGGAACUAUGUGGGAUUCAGACAUACAAGCAUGCAAUCAUGCAUCGUCAGUAAAGGACUGCAGCAUAGCCUAUUAUAAUACAACCACAUCAACACCUGUUGAGAUUACACAAUCUAUGGGUACGGUUUCUAUUGAAGUUGAUAAAAAUGUAUCAGGACAAUCAGAAACCGAAUCACCAACUACCAUGACAUCAUUAUAUGCAAACAACACUUGUACAUCCGAUGGAUUUUAUGGCGAUGAAAAAGAUUGUAAAAAGUUUUAUAGGUGUGUUGGAAAUCAACAGGGAGGUUUCUUGAAGUAUGAAUUUAACUGUGGUGAAGGUACAGUUUGGGAUCAAAAUAUACAAGCUUGCAAUCAUGCAUCUAUUGAUAAUGAGACAUGCAAAGGAUCAACUUCAGUAACUAAGGCACCAUCAACAGUUAUUACGUCAGGUAACACUGAAACUUACAAUACCUUGCAUCCAGAAGAAAGUUCCACUCAAGAAAGUAGCGAUAUACCUGGUGUAAGUAAUACUUGUUCUGCAGAAGGUUUUUAUCCAAAUCCAAGAGAUUGCAAAAAAUUCUUUAGGUGUGUUAGUAAUGGUAAGGGAUAUAUAAGAUACGACUUUACUUGUGGUGAAGGAACUAUUUGGGUGCAAGAUAUUCAAGCGUGUGAUCAUGACAGUGACAAUUCUACGUGCAGUGCUCAAUCCGUAACAGAAAAUGAAGUAACAUCCACAACUCCUGCAACAUCAUCUUAUGUAGAUACAGAACAGAAGACAACGGAAGCGAUUACGCCAAUAAAAUCAACAACUUCGACCUCAGAUUCAGCUUCCAUCAUAGACGGUGCUUCCAAUGUAGCUGAAUGUAGAAGUGAAGGUUACUUUGGAAAUCAAGAGGACUGUCAGAAAUUUUACAGAUGUGUAAACGAUGGUAAAGGUAAAUUUGUUCGGUACGAUUAUAUUUGCGGCGAUGGAACCAUUUGGGAUCAAGAAAUCUUAACUUGCAAUCAUCCUAGAGAUGUUACGAAUCGGUCAUGUGAUAAUAAAACUACAAGUGAAAACACAGAAUCGUCAAUUCAAUCUACAACCAGUGCAUCCUCAUCUACUCAAUCGUCAUCAACUCCAUCAAUGUCAACACAAACUACGACAUCAUCAACGACGACACCAACUGAGACAUCUUCAAUGUCAACACAAACUGAAACAUCGUCAAUGAUGACACAAACUACAACAUCUGCUAUGCAGACCCAAACUACGUCUCCAUCAAAAUCGACGCAAACUACAACGCCCUCUAGUUCCACAGAAAGCACAACGACUUCUACUGAAGUGAGCAGCCAAGAAACGCCAAUAAAUUCUGGAGAAGGAACUUCUAAAAACCCAACAACUCAAAACAUAACCUGCACUAAAGCAGGAUUUUAUCCUCACCCUAGUGAUUGCAAAAAGUUUUAUAGAUGUGUAGAUUGGGAUGGGGAUGGAAGAAAAUUUUCUGUUUUUCACUUUGAAUGUGGGGAAGGUACAAUUUGGGACCCUGCUCUUGAUACUUGUAACUACGAAGAAUCUGUUUAUCCCCCACGUAAUUGUAGAGCUACACAAGCACAAGUUACUAAUACUUCACAGGGUACAUCGACGGCUCAGACUCCUACAACCGAAUCAACUACACCCCAACAGUCCAGUGGUGAAACAACUAGUACGCAAUCCACACUAACAGAAGGACAAACUACAGAACAGCUAUCAUCAACGAAUCAAAUGAGUUCUUCAACUACAACUCCAACUGAUACCACUUCUACAACUAUAACAUCUCCUGAUACUUCUUCUACAACUGUGGCACCCACUGAAAUUACUUCUACCACAGUAAGACCAACUGACUCAACUUCGACGACUUCUGAUCAAACGACGAGCGAGCAAUCUACUACGGAUACAACAACAACACAAAGUGAUAAAUCUACAACCACAACAAAAGAUACAUCUACAAGUGAAAACACUUCAAGUACAUCUGAACAAACAACUAUAAGUGAACAAACUACUACUACAACGGAUGCGACAACAAGUACGACUGAACAACAAACGUCUUCUACGCUUGAACAAUCCUCUACUGAACAGCCUACGACGCAAACAACUGCGAGUGUGACAGAAGAAACUACAUCACAGGGAUCUACUACAGAACAGCAAACGAGUACAGACUCGAGCACCGAAGUAUCAAAUACUUCUACUACUGAAUCAACUCCAAGUAGUGCUGGAUCUACAACUGAAAACACUGAAGCAACUACUACACAAGGAGGUUCUACAGUGAAGGAUUGUCCAGAAACUGAAGAUGAUCAAUAUUUAUACGCUUGCCCAACCUCGUUUAAGAGACAUCCAAAGUAUUGUAACCUUUUCUAUCAAUGUAUAGAAAAUAAUGAUAACCAUGAACUGAAGAUAGCAACAUUCAAUUGUCCAAAUGGUACAAUUUAUGACGAAAGUAAAAUUCAAUGUGUUGAAGAAAGCAAAGCUGCAAAGAAAUGUCAAGGCGCUAUAGCUAAAAACCGGAGGAUAAAACGUUUAAAUCUUAACAGCAAGGAAACGAUUUCUGUAAACGAAAAUAAAUAUGGGUGUACUGGAGUUGGUCAUUUUCCAUUUGAAAAAAAUGAAGAGUGUUCACCGGCCAUAUUGAAAUGUGAAAUUUCUAAAAGAGGAAAAUUACAAGGCUUUGUAUAUCGUUGCCCAGACAAUUAUGUGUAUUGGUCAGUGAGUAGAAGAUGCGAACCAAUAUUAAGGAUGGCUGCGUGUAAAUAUUCUUCUAAUCAAUGGAUUGGGAGAUCGGAAAUUCCAAUUGAGACGAAAAAUAUCGCGUGAUUGUUUGAAAAAUAACUUUCUUAAAUUUAAGCUCAUGUAAAAAUAUAAACAUAGUGAAAAAAUGAAAUAAUGUGCGAAAUACGUGUGACAGUAAUUAGUACACUCGGUACGUAUUUUUAUACAAAAUCUAGUCUGUUACUUGGUGACCAUUGGAUAAGAAUUUCAAAAAGACGGAUUAAUUGCCUCAUAAAAUUUGUCAUGACUAGUUUAAGGAUAUCAUUCGACUUGUGAUCAAGAUAUUGCCAAAAAAUUACACAGGGGCAAUAUUUUGAACACGAUUAAUUAGUUAUAAAUUAAGGUAGCUACUUAA